UGAGCUGUUUUUCUAGUAGCAGUUCUAAUUCAAAGCUCUCGCUUAACUAGUCAAAUUACAUCAUUUAUUCUGGAUCAAAAUGUCGGACGAAAAAUCUGAUGAAUUGCAAGAACUUGGAAGUUGCGAGUCCUUUACGGAAAUGAGCCAGAACAACAGUGCCGAUUACACGGCUGUGGUGCCUCUGGAUACCUCCGAGGAUGCUCAGUACUCGGAGCAAAUGUUUUCCACCAUUCAGGAGCGUCUUACCAGGAUCAUGAAUCGCGUUAGUCUUGCCAAUUCUGUUAUGGCCCAGAUGAAGCGGAACCUUAAGGCCAAGAUUCCCUCGACGGCAGCAGUCGCAAAUGCCGACAAGUUGGCGGGAGGCGAUAACCCACUGAGAGUUGAUAAUAUCGAAGAAGGAAAUGAAGUCACCAACGAAUAAUUUAACGCAAAUUUUAAGUUAACCAUAUAUUUAUCUCUAGCUAACCAAUUUCAUGUUCAAAUUUCCAUUUACAACAUCGGACACAGACUUCUAAAAUUUCCUAAGUUACUUCUUAACCGUAUAUUCGAGAAUAAAUACCGAAUUAAACCAA